CAACAAAAGAAACCUUCUCCUUGCACAUGAAGGCAAGCACCACCUUUUCAUAUCAUCUCCCACUCAACACUUUCACCAUAACCAUCAAUGUGAAUACAAACUCAACUCACUGAGUCAUCACAAACAACUUUUUUCUUUCUUCAUCAAAUUCCCAUCAAUGGCAGCCGUUCGGAAACUCAUUGUAGAAGUAGUAGACGCCCGAAACCUUGCUCCGAAAGACGGGCAUGGCACGUCCAGCCCGUAUGUCGUUCUCGAUUUCUACGGGCAAAGACGGAAGACCCGAGUGGUGGCUCGGGAUUUAAACCCGGUUUGGAAUGAGGUUUUGGAGUUUAAUGUUGGAAAACCAUCGGAUGUGUUUGGUGAUAUGCUUGAAGUUGAUGUUAAUCAUGACCGGAAUCUCGGCCCGACCACCCGGAAUAAUUUUCUGGGUCGGGUCAGGUUGGAUUCAAGACAGUUUGUUAAGAAAGGUGAAGAGGCUUUGAUUUAUUAUCCUUUGGAAAAGAAGCAUUUGUUAAGUUGGGUGCAAGGGGAAAUUGGUUUAAAAAUUUAUUUUAGUGAUGACGUGGCACCGACACCCGCGCCGAUGCCGGUGCCGGGGCCCGCGUCUUCGGCGGAUGAGGAGGUGAAGGGCGAACCGAAACCGGAAACUGACGCGGGCCCUACAGAGAAAGAAAAAGGAAAUGAGGGACCACCAGACGCUGAGGUGGCAGCGAAGGAUGAUUCGGAUCACGAUGAAGAUCCAGGUGAUGGUGGUGGUGAAAAGGUGCAAUCGGGUACACCGGUGAAGGAAGAACGGGUGGUUCAAGAUCAACUAAGGACGUCGAGAUCUAUGCCGGAUAUAAGACUCGGUGGUGAUAUUCCGGUCGGUCCGAAACCGAUCCCUCGGGUAUCGUCGAUUAGUAGUUUUACGUCUGACGUGUCGGAUCGGUUUCCGAUCGAACGGUCUUCGUUCGAUCUAGUGGAAAAAAUGCACUAUCUUUUUGUUCAGGUGGUUAAAGCGCGGUCUUUACCUACCCCUGGCAACCCGGUGGUUAAGAUAGUGGUUUCGGGUAGCCAGGUCAUGUCAAAACCGGCUCGGAAAACGAUGUAUUUCGAGUGGGACCAGACUUUUGCGUUUCGACGAGACACCCAAGAUUCUGGUUCUAUCCUCGAGAUCUCGGUGUGGGACCCGUUGAUCUCUAGCUCGAUGUCGGAUGUGGCAGGGCAUAAUUUUCUAGGUGGGAUAUGUUUUGACACCACUGAGAUUCCACUGCGAGACCCACCUGAUAGCCCGUUGGCCACACAGUGGUACAGGCUAGAAGGAGGUGGGGCUCACAGAGGAGAUCUCAUGUUGGCUACAUGGGUAGGGACACAAGCCGAUGAGUCGUUUCCAGAAGCAUGGAAAACCGACACGGCUGGUAACCCUAGCUCCCGGUCGAAAAUCUACCAAUCACCGAAGUUAUGGUAUUUGCGUGCUACGAUCAUCGAGGCUCAAGACGUUUCGCUCUCGUCGUCGUUCCAAAUCAAAGCGCAACUCGGGUUUCAAGUUCAAAAAACGAAGUCCAUUAUCACCAAUAAUGGAUCUGCUUCAUGGAACGAAGAUUUGAUGUUUGUAGCGGCCGAACCGUUCACGGACCAUUCGUUGUUGUUGUUUUUGGUCGAACAACGCGGCUCGAAAGAAACCACGGUUAAAGGCGUUACGACCAUCCCGUUAGUCACCAUCGAGCGGCGCGUGGACGACCGAGAGGUGGUUUCAAGAUGGUUAACGUUCGAAGAUCCAAACGAAGAGAAGAGAGUUUAUCGCGGUCGGGUUCAAGUCAAAAUAUUUUUCGAUGGCGGAUACCAUGUGAUGGACGAAUCGGCUAAUGUUUGUAGCGACUAUCGACCCACCGCAAAGCAGCUUUGGAAACCACCGAUCGGCACAAUCGAGCUCGGGAUAAUCGGCUGCAAGAAUUUGCUACCGAUGAAGUCUAUUGAUGGCAAGGGGUCAACUGAUGCUUAUGCUGUCGCAAAGUACGGUAACAAGUGGGUACGAACGCGGGCUAUAUCGGAUAAUUUAGAUCCGAAAUGGAACGAGCAGUACACGUGGAGGGUUUACGACCCGUCCACGGUGUUAACAAUUGGGGUUUUUGAUAGUUGGGAGGCGUAUGGAUCUGGAUCCGAUGGUCAAAAAGAGUCAACGAGGUCGGACUUUCGUAUGGGAAAAGUGCGUAUACGGUUAUCUACUUUAGAGAUCGGGAAGGUGUACAAAAACUCGUAUCCGUUAAUGUUACUAAACGUAGGCGGUCUAAAGAAAAUGGGCGAACUAGAGGUUGCGGUCCGGUUUGUACGUAUGGCACCAACGAUCGAUUUAUUGAAUGUAUACGCGCAACCUUUGUUGCCGAUAAUGCACCAUAUCAAGCCGAUUGGUGUGGUGCAACAAGAGGUACUUAGAACAAUAGCGGUUAAAAUAACCGCGGCUCAUUUUGCACGGUCUGAGCCACCACUUCGUCGCGAAGUGGUGACUUACAUGCUGGAUGCAGACUCGCAUGCAUUCAGCAUGAGGAAAGUCCGUGCCAAUUGGUUAAGAAUAGUCAACGUUUUAUCCGGGGUUAUCGACAUGGUCAAAUGGUUAGACGACACGCGUUCGUGGAAGAACCCAACGGCUACGAUCUUGGUUCACGUACUUCUCAUGAUGCUCGUGUGGUUCCCGGACCUAAUCAUCCCGACACUCGCAUUUUACAUGUUUGCGGUUGGGGUGUGGAACUACCGGUACCGGGCUCGAUCCCGGCCGCCACACUUCGACCCAAAGCUCUCCUUGGCUGAAACAAUCGACGGCAACGAACUCGACGAGGAGUUUGACCCCGUACCUUGUAACAGAUCUAAUGAAAUGGUGCGGGCACGAUACGACAAGCUACGUAUGCUAGGAGCACGAGUACAAACCGUGCUAGGUGAUAUCGCGACACAAGGGGAACGGGUGCAGGCGUUGGUAACGUGGCGUGACCCGCGUGCCACGGGGAUCUUUGUUGGGAUGUGUUUGGUUGUUGCGGUUGUAUUGUACCUUGUACCAUCGAAAAUGGUCGCGAUGACGCUCGGGUUUUACUAUAUGCGGCACCCGAUCUUUAGAGAUCGGAUGCCGUCACCCGCUUUGAACUUUUUCCGACGAUUGCCGUCGUUAGCGGAUCGUAUGCUAUAGGAUCAAAUGCUCAAUCAGUUCAACUGCCCAGUGCUUGUAUGUAUAAAUUGGUAACAUAACUAAACUUUUGAAAGUUUGGUAAUAAUAGGGCUUGUAUUAAAUGCAUCUGAGGUUGUACGUUAUGUAUUUUUAAUCAUGUUAUAUGAUGAAUUUGCUAUAAUA